GGCAUCCUGCAUCUUUCUGUUGUUUCCCUGCUCCUUCACAGCCGGUUCACCAGUGCAGCAGCCCACCAAGCUCUCCAGAAGAAAUCAGGAAUGUUCAUGUGUGUUUUGUGUUGAUAACGCGGGUGUGUGUUCGGUGUGUGACAUGUGAGAGGAUCGAUAUGGAGUAAACCAACUCCGUUAAUGGAAACACGCUAAAGGAGGAAGACGGUCAUGGCAGACCCAGAUGUGUCAACACAAAGUGGGGGCUAUGACGUGGAGCUCUUUGUGGACCCACCAGACUAUGAUUUGAUCUGCACCAUUUGCCAAGGGGUCCUCAGGUGUCCUGUAAGAAGUGCAUGCCAUCAUAUUUUCUGCAAGAAGUGUAUCUUGCAAUGGCUGAAAAGACAAGAGACAUGCCCCUGCUGCAGGAAGCCAGUGAACCCAAACUUGAUCUUUGUCAUGUUCAAGUUGAGUAAAUCUAUCGGACGCAUGAAGAUCAAGUGUAAAAAUGAGAUCCGUGGUUGUUCAGACAGCUUCGCCCUCUCAGAGCAGUACUGCCAUAGCAUGAGCUGCCAGUACGAGCUUGUCCCGUGCCGGUACCGGGGCUGCAGGGCGCAGCUUCUCCGUAGAGACCUGGACACCCACGCACGCCACUGCGAACACUGGCGCGAGCCCUGCCACAUGGGCUGUGGUACAAUCCUCACCCACCACACACAGGCUCAGCACAACUGCUACAAGCAGCUGAGGCAGGAAUAUGAAGCCAGACAGCAGAACCACAGGACCAUUGCUGCUGCCUUACAAAGGAAGAUGAAAAGGAUGCAAUGCACCAUGGCCCACAUGAGGAGACAGAUUAGACUCAUCUGUGAGAGCCUGGAAGUGAUGGAUGAUCUACACGAGGUGGAGGAGGAGGAUCUGGGGGAGAGCAGUGGCAGCUCCAGUGGGACUCCUAGCAACAGCAGCAACAGCUAAAGAAGGAUCCUUGUUGACUUGAUGUGUGUGUUUAUGCUUGUGUUAAUUUUCUGAAAAUGUGUGUAUUUUAACAAAUCAGAUAGAAGAUGGAUUAAAGUGUGUGAAUUUGAGCUAUUUUGUACUGUAGGUUUGGUAGCUUUAACUUUUUGUAAAUAAAUAUUUGACAUUGUA